GACCAAAAAGAAAAAGGAAUGGCAGAGAAAAGUUUCAUUUGUUUUUUUGAGUCUUUAAAUGUUUCGAGAGCUUAUUAAAAUUUGGAACUUUUGAAGAGAGAGAGAGAGAGAUGGAAAGGAGUGCUUCUUCAAAAUUGGGUCAUGUACUCAUGCUUCUUCUUCUUCUAAGCAUCCUCUUUUUCCAUACCGACUCUGCUUUGCCUUCUGAUCAUGAACAAAUCUCGGUAACUGGGAGGAGAAUGAUGAUGUUUUAUAAGCAUAACAUAGAGACACCACCAUCGACAAGUGAACGAGGUGGUGGUCACGGAAGGAGACUGAUGAGUAUAUACAGACCAAAUGGAGACAUAUAUACAGGUCCAUCAACCAGUGGACAUGGUGGUGGUCACGUUCAUCAACAUUCCACUCCAUAAUUGAACAGAUCAAAUACUUGAGCCAAAAAAGAAUAUGAAUGUAUAAUUUGUAUCUUAUGUGAUUUCAAGUAAGAAUUUUAAAAUAUCAAUAUAUAUAGCAUAUGUUUGGGUAGUAUAUUAAUUUGUAGUUUAUAAUAUGAUUUCGAGGAAAGAUUUUGUGUUCUUAACAAAUGCAUAGCAAAUGUAUGUGUAAUAUAGUUCUUUUAUAAAAUAUAUUUUGACUGUAAACAAUAAGUCUAAUUCAAUAUUUUACGGUAGUUGUUAUAUCUAUAUUAAUUUCUUUUAGUAUUU